AUGUCCCCUCCAACGGAUUUUGAGGAAGUGUUAAGAUGGUUGGUUGCUCCUGCAAGAGAUGGUAAUUUGACUCUGAUUAUUAGACUUGUCUUCCAAGCAGUUUUAUACUUAGUUUGGAAAGAAAGAAACAAGAGAAUUCAUAGUGGUGAGGAAAAGCCUCCAAGAACCAUUAUUGCAGAGACUCAACAGAUCAUCAGACUCAGGUUGGAUCCUUUAGCUAGGAAACAGGUUGUGUUGCCUGGGCAUUACUCAGUUUUGGCUGCUUGGUUUAAUUAUUUUGCUGGUUAG